CACCUACACUUGGGCCUAAAAUGUUGCAGCAGGAACUUCUAAAGAAGUACAAGAUGGAUAUCCCAUACGAUAGAGUUUUUAGAGGUAAAGAGAAGGCUCUUGACAUGAUAUAUGGAGCAUGGGAUGAUAGCUAUGACUUACUUCCUACAUAUAGAGAUGAGCUUUGUAGAGCAAUGCCUGGCAGUGUUGUUGAGUUAGAUACAGAAGAUCAUAAGGGAGACAUGUGUUUUAAAAGAUUCUUUGUUGCUUUGAAACCAUGUAUUGAUGGAUUUUUACAAGGAUGUAGACCGUACAUUGCUAUGGAUUCCACUCACUUGACAGGAAGAUCAAGAGGGCAACUAGCAGCUGCUGUUGCAGUGGACGGCCAUAACUGGCUUUUUCCAGUGGCUUUUGGAGUGAUUGAGACGGAAUCGAUUGAAAGUUGGACAUGGUUUGUCCAAAACUUGAAGCAAUCAAUUGGUACUCCUAUGGGAUUGGUUAUUAGUACAGAUGCAGGCAAGGGGAUAGGGGCUGCUAUAGAUGUUGUGUACCCAGGAGUGGAACACAGAGAGUGUAUGAGACAUCUAUGGAAGAAUAUGAAGAAGAAGUAUUUUGGCCCUUUGUUUUCUCAGAAUAUGUGGGCAGCUGCUAAGGCUUGUACAAGUGACAAGUUCGACUACCACAUGAGAAAGAUAGAGGAGAAGAGUCCUAAUGCGAUAGCCUGGCUAGAUGAAAAUCAUCCAUAUGUGUGGUCCAGAAGCAAAUUUGGAGAUGGUUGCAAGGUAGAUUACAUCAAUAACAACCUUUCUGAAUCUUUCAAUAGUUGGGUAUCCAAAACCAAAUCAUUUCAGAUUGUUGACAUGCUUGAUAAAAUAAGACAGAUGAUUAUUAGCAAAUUUGAUUUGAGACGCAAAAUUGGUAGGGAAAUGAAGGGUAGGAUAAUCCCAUCUAUUAUUAGUACUCUCAAUGAUCAUAGCAAGGCAAUCAAGGAUCAUGAGGUGUUAAGAUGUGGAGAUGGCACAGCUGAAGUGACUGUUUCCACCAUUAGACACCCAGUUAGUUUAGAACAAAUGGCAUGUAGUUGUAGAUCUUGGCAAGUGACUGGAAAACCAUGCAGUCAUGCUCUAGCUUUCAUUGCAACACACAGUAGGGAUUUGGAGAUGGAUGAUUAUGUCCAUGAGUUUUACUCAGUGGAGAUGUUUAGAAAAGCAUAUGAAGGUGUUUUCCCUCCGAUGACAUCGAAGCAUCUUUGGUCACGGGUGGAUUUAGGCUAUAAAAUUAAGAAGCCUAAGUUAAGAAGAAAACCAGGAAGGCCAAGAGUAGCCAGGAUAAAGGCAUCCGGGGAGCCAGGCAAGAAGAAGAAAAGAGAGUGUCCUGAAUGUCAUGAAUUAGGCCAUACUGCUAAGUAUUGUCAAGGUGGUCCUACGGCUAGUCAAAAGAAGAUGAGGCUGUCAUCAAAUGAUCCCAAUGCUUUUGCAUCUACAUCCAAUGCAACUGCUGCUGUAACUGAUACUGCUAAUGGUGGAGGAGAACCAACUACUACAAGAGGUAGAGGUAGGGGAAGAGGACGAGGAAGAGGAGGGGGAGGAAGAAGAGGAAGAGGGAGGAUUGCUCAAUGGUUUGGUCUUUGAAAGUGAUCUAUUUGCUAUGUAAAAACGCCAUGAAAACUUGUGAAGUGUUGUGUUUUGCCAUGUAAACAUUAGUGCUGCUGACAUUAGUGCUGAAUUUUGGUAUGACAUUAGUGCUGCUGAAAUCGUGUUUUGGAAUGACAUUAAUGCUGC